AGUUUACCUUAAACUUAAAGAGCACCUGAAUAAACAUAGGCAUAAGCACCGGUUCAUAAUGCAAGACUCGGUGUUGGCAUUGGGAACAAAAAAGUUAUCUCUGUAUCGGUCACUCUCUCCCUCCAUAACCACAGAUCAGGGAUACUAUACAUUAGUUCCGUCACAGCUCUUACCCACAUGUUCUAGAAAUACCAUCACUAAUACCAACACAAUGAGAGAAGAAUUACGAUCUUUUGGAGUGAAGCCUUCUAUACCAUCGAUACCCUCCAUACGAAACAAACAGAAGUUGAAUACUAAGACAAAUUGCCUCUUGCUGUCGGGUAUCCAGAAGAUGGUAUUAUCUGACGUGGGAUUCAAUCUAUCGCUUCCCAUACAACGGAUUGUAGUGAAUGCAUGUGACAAACUCACCGACAAGAGUCUUAUUAUGAUCGCCAGAAAGUGUGCCUCAAAACUCACUUCAAUUGAGAUCAGAUCGUGUACUCAAACAUACUUUGGUAUUGCUAAAAUACUUUCCAAAUGUGUCAAUAUUGAGAGAAUCGAUAUAACGGGUUCUAUGAAUGUAUCCCUCAAUGGUGUCCAACAACCGGAACAUUUGCCAAAACUUCUUAACGAAUCUUUACCUUCGGAGAUGUACUUCACUAUCCGACCAAUCAAUCAAAAGGGCUGUGAGACAGUGUCGGAUGCGGGAGUAGUAGUAUUGGCGCGUAGUUGUGGCCCGCGAUUGAAAGCUAUAGAUUUGGGUAAAUGUCAGAUUACUGACAAAGAAAAGUGUCCCAAUUUACGCAAAAUAUCAGUCAAAGAAUGUGCAUCUGUUUCGGACACCGGAAUUAUGGCCAUCGCUUACAACUGCAGACAACUAAUACUCCUAAACAUUACCAAUUGUGAUCACAUAACCAUUGAAUCGUAUCUUGGUUUGGUUUGGGACACCCGAUAUAUAAUGUUAGUCACUGUUGAUAUGAUCGACACAUUGUUUUUGUGUAAUCAACAAAUGUUCACCAAAAACUCG